AUGGGUGGCGGUUUGUCCAAAAUCAUACCUGGUAUUUACGUGGGAGGUUUGGCUGCUGCCAGGUCUCAAAUGCAGCUUGAAAAACACCAUAUCACACACAUAUGCACCGUAUUACAAAACACAGUCGAAUUUUCACGAUGGUCGAAGAUCCCUAACAGAAAGCAAAUUGUGUUCCGCGCGGACGACUCCCCUUCUGAAGAUCUAUCCAAAUUUUUCGAGGACGCCUGCUUUUUUAUUCACGAAGCUCGCGUCGCCGAUGGUGCUGUUCUCAUUCAUUGUGCCUGUGGUGUAUCACGAAGUGUGACCAUCACGCUGGCCUAUUUGAUGGUUGUGACAGACUUCUCUUUGGCUGAAUUAUUCAAAGCUGUUCAGGGAGCCAGGCAUUGUGCAUGUCCGAAUCACGGCUUCAUGCAACAACUGUUAGACUUUGAAAGGAGCGGUCGUGUGGCUAUGUUACGUGAAAAGCUGUUUAGUCGUUUUGGCGAAUGGCCAGCGGAGAGGCGGAAGCAAGAUACCGAUGCUUUGACAGCUGCCAUUGAAGCACAGGAGCACUUCAUUUUACACGGUGUUUACCCGGGCGAGGAACCUUUGGAUGGCCUCACGCCUAGCGCCAUGCACGCUGCCGACCCAGAAGGUAAAGCCACCAAUCCGGAUCUACCGGCUCCCGUUGGAAAACUCAAACACACCGUGUUUACCGUAUACUCAGAUGACAAACCUCGAAGUUUGGAAGAAUUCAUCGCAUCGCGAUGUCCUCCGGAAGAUGUUGGAACCAAAGCAGAGGACAAAUAAUUAUGCAUUUCCAUGUUCUCUCAGUUCAGAAUCUACGGAUGAAAGACCCAC